AUGGCUCCCACCACAACGCAUUAUAUCAAUAAAGCCGCCCCCGGUGCACCUUUCUUUACCCCACUGCAAAGUCCCGCUAGUGGAACCGCGCUAGAUCCUCAGCCAAAUGGAAAGCCAAUACCUAAACUAUUUACGCCACUCAAGAUAAGGGAUGUAACUUUCCAGAAUAGAAUUUUUCUUGCGCCGCUCUGCCAGUAUAGCGCAUCUAAUGGCUUUGUGACUCCUUGGCAUAUGGCCCAUCUCGGAGGAAUAAUCUCCCGCGGACCAGGAUUGAGUAUCGUUGAAGCGACCGCUGUCCUUCCAGAGGGAAGGAUCACUCCAGAAGAUAAUGGUAUAUGGGACGAUGCUCACAUCAAGGGUUUUAGGGAGAUCGUAGAUUUUGCACAUUCGCAGAACCAAAAGAUUGCAAUCCAGCUCGCUCAUGCUGGCCGUAAAGCAUCUACCGUCGCACCCUUCUUACAUCUCAACGCUAACGCAACACUCGUCGCUGGAGGCUGGCAACCACUCGGACCUUCCGCUAUUCCUUUCUCUGAAGUCAACCAAACUCCGAACCAGCUCACAAAAGAGGAAAUUCAACACAUAAUCAAAGCCUGGGCUGAUGCAGCUAAACGGGCUGUUGCAGCCGGUUUCGAUGUCAUCGAAAUCCACAACGCGCAUGGUUACCUACUUAUGUCUUUCAUAAGUCCUGUGACUAACCACCGCACUGAUGAAUAUGGGGGGAGCUUUGAGAACAGGAUCAGGUUGACGUUGGAGAUCAUUGAUGCUAUUAGAGCCGUUAUCCCUGACGGGAUGCCUCUUUUCCUGAGAGUGUCUGCCUCUGACCGUAUCGAACAUCUCGACGAGCCUAGUUGGACCAACCAGGACACCAUCAAAUUCGCGUCCAUCAUCGCCGAACAUGGCGUUGACUUCAUCGAUGUUUCUUCCGCAGGUAAUCACUCUAAGCAAGACUUCAGUAACCCUCGCGCGCAGCAGGAGUACGCUGCAGAAAUUUCUCAAUCACUCAAAGACAACGGGAAGCAUGGUCAAAUCUUUGUCGGAACCGUUGGUGGAAUUACUUCGGGCGUUCAGGCAGAGAAAUAUCUCCAGGAUGGAGUAGCUGAUGUUUGUCUGGUAGGAAGGCAUUUUCAGAAGAACCCUGGACUAGUUUGGGCUUUUGCGGAAGAGUUAGGGAUAAGGAUUAGUUUGGCAAAUCAAAUUUCAUGGGGAUUCUAUGGUAGAGGAUCAGGAAACACAACCAAGAAGACAUAA